UUUGACCUCAGCUGCCUGCCGUAGGAAUCCCUAGUGGUAGCGUGACGCGCCAGGCCGAGUGGACAGUAGCGUUUUUUGCAAGGCAAGAUGGCGACCUCGGAGCCGCAGCGUGGACCUGAAGCUGAAGAGACUUCUACUGAAACCUCUUCUGCAGUUACAAGUCCAGAUCAGUACAUUAAACAUCCUUUGCAAAACAGAUGGGCCCUUUGGUAUUUCAAAAAUGACAAAAGCAAAAGUUGGACAGAAAAUUUGCGACUCAUUGCCAAGUUUGACACAGUGGAAGACUUCUGGGCGUUAUACAAUCACAUACAGCAACCAAGUAAGCUUGGAUUUGGAUGUGACUAUUGUUUAUUUAAGGAUGGAAUAAAACCAAUGUGGGAAGAUGACCGAAAUAAACUUGGUGGCAGGUGGUUGAUGACACUUGGCAAACAGCAGAGACAUAAUGACUUAGACCGCUACUGGAUGGAGACCUUGUUAUGCUUAAUCGGCGAAUCGUUUGAUGAAGCUAGUGAUGAUGUUUGUGGUGCUGUUGUCAACGUUAGACCUAAAGGUGACAAGAUAUCCAUCUGGACAGGAAACUGCCAAAAUAAGGAAGCCAUCAUGACUAUAGGGCAACAAUACAAAGAGCGUUUGAAUGUUCCCAAUAAAGCCCUGCUUGGCUAUCAGUCUCAUGAUGACACCUCUAGCAAAAGUGGAUCCACGACAAAGAACAUGUAUACAGUUUGAAGAAGGCUUGGAUUAAAAUUUCUGUAGGUUUAUAAAAUUAUCCAUCUGCAUCAUAUUAAUACUUUGGGUUGUCAACUACUGUAGUGUCAUUUUUUUAACAUUUGUAAAUGUUCAAUAAUAUAAAUUCACAAAUGAAAGGCGGUAUUUUUCAGUAAUAAUUGGCUGGCAGCCAUUGAAAUAUCCCUGUACAGAUCACAAGGUAUUGGGUUGUUUUGCUCUAGGGUAUAAAAGGCCUGCAUCAGAGGCAGUGAAUAAAACUAGAAAAUGUAUAUUAAACUAUAGAUUUUUAGUGUACAACUAAUAUCUAGUUACAGGAAAAAGGUUGUAAAGCUUAUAUAACCUUUCUCUGUAAUGUUUUGCUUUUCUCAAACUCUAUAUGACCUCCGCUAAAUGUUCUAAAAUGGUUAUAACCAGAAUAAUUGAGCCAGUGCCAUUUUACUUCAUUAAGCAAUUCUAAAAUUUUAAAAUCCUUUCUGGCAGACAGUGUUGAAAAUGAAAAGUAUUAACGGCUAUGCCUGCAGUAUGAAAAAUGACAUUAACAGACCUUAGCUGUGACUCUGUAAGGCUGGAACUGAACUCCAAACUAAAUUAAAAUUUCAGCCAUGCUGAACUAGUACUCUUGCUUGUAGGGUUAUAUAUUUUGGAUCUUUGUUCUUCAGAAUUAUUUAUGGCAUAAUCAUUGCUGUGGAACUUUAGUUGGAGGACCGACAUGAAAUUGUGGUCCUUGUUUUUGAUUUCUGACAAAGUUGGCAAUGUGAACUACUGCUUAUAGAAGAAAUGUUUUAUACAAUAUAAAAUACAGAACAUACCUGGAUACUCCUCCUUUUAAGUGUGCUUUUCACAAUUUGUUUCUAAUUGAUAUUGCUUGUUUACACUACUUCUGGGUGAAUGCAAAAGUAAGUUCAUUGUGAAUUAUUUUGCUCUUCUUGUACUUUGAUUUUUGCUUCUGUAAUUCCAGGGUGUAUAUUAAAUUCUUUAAAGUAAAAGUUAAAUGCUUUACUAAAACAUUUGAUUCAGUACACUGCAUUUAAAAAUACAUCUUUUGUUAGUUCUUCUCUUUGUAAAAUGUAUUUUAAGUUUCUAUCCCAUGCUGUAUACGUCAUUCACAGUAGAGACUGUGAUGAGUGAGUGUUCAUCACUUUUGAAGUUAAUUUGCAUUUGUUUACACCUUCCAUUCCCAAGUGCAGUUCUUCACAAAGGGGAUAUAUCUUUGUUCUUUUAAGCUGUAGCAAAAGUGCACUGAUAACAGGUAUGCAACUCAUUUUUAUUCUUCACAAUAAGUUAAAGGAAAGCAUAGCCAUAUAACUACAAGAGUAAAUAGUAUAUCUUUGACUAAACUCAUAUAGACCACACUGAUGGAUGUAUUCAGGUUACUUUUGCUUUGUUUGGGUUUUAAUGGUAAGGUCCAUGGCUGCACUCAUUUAAUUUGUAUUGUGAGAAACAGUCAUAGAACUUAUUCUUGUUAGAGGAAGGUGGUCAGAAGUUCCCAAGUAGCAGUGUUUAAUUGUUAGUGCUGCAAAGCCUGGGGGUGGGCUGAUGAUUGUUAGGCCACUGCACAGGUAUCCCCCCCCAUGUGAAUUAGUUGAGUAAACAGUAAAGACAGAGAUGGCUGCCACCCCCCCCCCUCAGAUGGUAAUUGCUAGAGUCAAAGUGGUAUGUGGUUAUGUGUAAAAUGAUGGUUCUCAGUAUGUUGCAUGGUUUUUAUCUUUCUCUUGCUUUUAUGGGGGUUGAAGUCUAAUAACUGCAAAUUGGGUUGUCAUAAAUCAAUAUUCAAUGACCGUUGUCAAAACAUGAUUUUGUAUUGUGUAUAUAUUGCUCUAGUUUCUGAAACACUGCUCUAUGAUGCUGUAGAGCAAAUGUUGCUGAAGACUCUGCUACUAUGUUUUAGGGUAUAAAAGUAUUCAAAUGUUUCUUGAGUAACAUUACUGUUACUUUGAUACAAAAAUAAGUAAACUCCGUAAAUGUUUUUCUCACAUAAAAAUACUAAAUAAUAAAGUACAAAAGUAUCUCUUGGCAAUACUCAAGUAUUAGAAAUUAAUGAGUAGCCUUUCUUUCUGCUGUUUUGUCUUUAUUUAGCUAUUUUCAACUAAUAUUCCCAACCUUUUAUUGACAGUACUGAUGUUGCCAACACAACGUGUGAGACUGUUUUAAGAAUCUUUCAAUUAAAUUCUUCUGGAAAAAAAGUGAAAA